AUGAGCAGAAGAUAUCGUUAUAUGACUCGAGAUGGUCAUCCACCAAACCAAGCUGUUCCUCCUGGUGUACCGCACAGAGGUGCAGGACCACAAUUCAUACCAGUCUUCACGCAACCAGCUUCAGGAUAUCCUCAGCCAAUAUACGUGGCACCCCCUCCUGGCGCACCACCUCCACCUGCGGGAUUUUGUUGGCUUCCAACACCGGCACCUGCGCCAGGCCCUACAUAUGCGCCACCCCCACCACCUUAUCAGCCCUGCGCUGGCGGACCUCCAGUCUACGGCGGCUAUCCUCCAACAGAACCAGCCGCCAUUCCGGGUCCUAUCCAUGGAGCCGCACAGCCCGCUCCAGGUGUAGCGGGAGGCACGGGAGGCACUCUUCCACCCGGUGCUCGUGUCCGUGGCGAAAUACCCGUCUUUCCUAACCGGAACUCAGGGUAUAUCUUUAGCAAAAAACAGUGCUGCUUCAACAUCAUCGAAGGUCGUACCAAACCUUGGAAGGAGCCAGGUUGCGAAAUCAAGUUCACCACCGCACGAGCCGAUUGUCGAAUGGGAAUCAAGGAAUUCAUUGAGCAGGUUGGAGCUCCUGCUCGUGCCCCUGCUCGUGCAAGUGAGGAGGAAGUGGGCAUCUGCGAGGUCAUCGAGACGGGUGAUGGGACUUGGCAGAAGGGAUCGCAAUUCUCUCUGGGUGAUAUGGUAGCCAGGUUGGAACAGUCUCUUGCGGAUGUUGGGUGGGAUGAGCUUAGGGGGGAGGCGGGCAUGGGGAAACCCGUUUGGUUGGUUCUACUUCCCUGA